AUGGCAAAACCUACUGACAAGUGCAAUCAUAAUGAAAAUCGCAGAAAAGUGUGUGGAUGUUGUGGCAGCAAAAUAAUUUUUGGAAAUAAACCCGUCAGCCAGUUCUGUAUAACAAGUAAGCUAGAAAGCUUAAUUAAAGUGUGGAUAAAUGAGGAUUUUGAUGUAAAAAACGAAAAGUGCCCAAACUCUAUUUGUGGAUCUUGCAGAUUAACUUUGUUGGAAAGAGAUAAAAAUAAUUUUAAAAGACCUUUGCCAUGUCCAUUUAAUUUUGCUUCUGUUAAAUUACAAAAAGAGACACGCCAAAACACACUCACAUGUGAGUGCCAAAUAUGUCUGUGUGCUAGGAAAAAAACCCACAUUUUAGUCACAAAAGGAAGGGGUCGUUCAAGACAUUUUGAAGAAAAUAACUUUCCAGUUCGUAAAACAGAAAAAAGAUCGGUUUCUACAUGCAAAUUUUGUUUUAAAAGGUUGGGCAAAGGUAUAAGGCACAUUUGCAACUACACUCAGGCAAGUGAAAAUAUAAAAAAAUCAAUAGAAACAUUGCCAAUAAAAAAACAGGAACAAGUGUUUAGUUCUACAAUUAAGCGUUUGCGGUCUAAGCAAACAGGUAGCAACAUUUCAAACCAGAACUCUUCUCAAAAUAAUUUUGAAAUAAAACUAUCAACUGGAGGUAAACAGGCUAAAAUAAUAAUUAAUCCUGUCAAUAAAAAAAAAGUUGAGUUUUCGCAAGAAAGACUGAAUCAAUAUCAAAUUCACAGUGGUUCAAGUUCAAAUCAAAUGAGAAUUUUGACCAACUUUUUAAGGUCCAAUGCCGGAAAAAAAUCAGUGCCUAAAAACUACAGAAAUAGCGUUAAAGAAAAAUCACAAAUUUUGCAGUCUAUUUACCAAAGCGGAACUUAUGAAUUUGAGAUUGACCAUGGCAGAAAAGAAAAAAGACCGGCAAUUUGGGCAGAUGCAGAAGAGCUGGUGAAUAUGGUUAUUGAACAAAGAAGACAUAUAGGAAAUUGCAAGAUCAAGAUCAUGGCAGAUGGUGGGCAAGGAUUUUUUAAAAUUUGUUUAUCUCUUAUUCCAGAGAAUUACUGCCCAGAAGCAAACAAAAUUUUAAGAGAUGAAGAAAAAGAAAAUGAAUGUUUAAAAAAAAUAACUACGUAUGAAGAAGGUGGAACGGUUUCAAAAAUUGCAAAGAUUACUGGUGUUUACAAAACAAAAAUAGGAAAAAUGCAAAAAAUUGUUACAGUGUGA